AUGGGUAAUAAAGCCGGGCAGCAUCUCAGUCAGCUUAACGUACUCUAUAAGAUUGUUGACAAGAGAAUUACAGUUGAGGAUAGUCGUGAUCUUGUUAGAGUUAUUUCAAGAGAUGAGGUUAGAAAGGCGAUGGCUAGUAUCAAUGGUAAUAAGAGCCCCGGACAUGACGGUUUUAAUGCGGAAUUCUUUAAGGCUAAUUGGCAUAUUGUAGGUAAUGACGUUACAGAGGGGGUGCUGGAAUUUUGUAGAAAUAAAAAGAUGCUUACCCAAUGGAAUGUCACUAAUCUUUUAAAGGAUUAUGGGAAAAGGAAGAUCUCACCCCGGGUCGCGUUUAAAAUCGACAUCCGCAAGGCUUUUGAUUCCAUUAAAUGGGGAACUAUAAAUGAUUUUCUUGUCGUUGCUAGUUUUCCUAGAAUCUUUAUUGAAUGGAUUAUGCAAUGCGUCUCUACCUCCCGGUUUGUAGUUUGUGUCAAUGGUGUUCACGGGGGCUAUUUUAAGGGCGAAAAUGGUGUGAGACAAGGCGAUCCUCUCUCUUCUUACAUCUUUGUAUUGAUCAUGGAGAUCUUUGAGAGUGUCUUAACGACAUUCCUAAAGAAUCGCCAUUACACUUUCCGCCCUUUCUGCGAAGAGGAGAAGAUCACUCAUUUAUGUUUCGCAGACGACUUGUUCUUACUUGCUCAUGCUGAUGUUGAAACCAUUAAUACUAUAAAAGAUGCGCUCAACUUCUUUUCUGAUGUUACAAGUUUAGCAAUUAAUGUUGAUAAAAGUUUAGCGUUUUAUGGUGGUGUUGAUGAUGAGACAAAGGCUAGAAUACAAGACAUUAUGGGCAUCCCCGAGGGUUCGUUUCCGGUACGUUGUUUGGGCAUUCCGCUCACAACAAGACAGAUUCAAAUUUUUCAUUGUAGGCCGCUCAUUGAAAAAGGUAAAAACGUCGUUAUGGGGUGGGCAGCCAAGAAGCUUUCAUAUGCGGGCAUAAUUGAGUUGGUUGGAAGCGUGGUCAUGGGAUUAAUCGGUUACUGGUCUCAGCAAAUUGUGCUCCCGAAGAAAGUUAUGAAAGAGAUCGAUACUAUCAUGCGUAAUUUUAUUUGGGGCAUCCAAGGACGUGGAGGAAAGAAAGUCAAGUGGAUCGACGUUUGCAAACCAAAAGACGGAGGUGGUAUUGUACUAAGGAGCUGUAUUGAGUGGAAUCGGGCUGUUACCUACAAACAUCUUUGGGCUUUACAAACUAAACAAGAUUCUCUAUGGGUCAAAAUCACGGAUGACAUCACUUGGUCGUUGAAGAAGAUUUUGAAACUAAAAAAUAGCAUUGGUUCGAUCUUUGAUAUUCGUAUUGGGGAUGGGUGUGGUACUCUCUUUUGGCACGAUCCAUGGUUUGAAAACCAGCCGUUGAUUACUAAGGAGGAAUUUCGAGGUUUAAGAAUAAGAAGGGAUUGUGCGGCUGCCACGAUUGGCGACAUUGAUGCUGAGAGUUGGGUUUCAAUUAUUAGACGAGUUCCGGAAGGAAGACGAGUAUUAGACUAUUUGAGUAGAAUUCGUCUAAGUGAUAGGGAUGAUGUUCACUCUUGGGCUGCCGAGGAAGAUGGUAAAUUGAAGUCGAGAAUAGUUUGGAAUGUUAUUAGAGAAAAAGGUCAAAUUGUCGAUUGGGUUGCUCUCGUUUGGUCUUCAAAAGUCAUUCAGAGGCAUCGUUUCAUCCUCUGUUUGGCUUUACGGGGUAGGCUUAACACCCGAGAUCGGAUUCUUGCCUACAUGGACAUUCCGGAUGCUAAUUGUUUGCUUUGUGAUGGGAAUACGGAGUCUAUUUGCCACUUGUUUGGGAGUUGCCCGUUUGUUAAGUCCCUUUGGAGUAAGUUCACAUUGGCUUUGGGCUUUGUUCAUUUAUUGGGUUCAUGGGAUGAGAUCAUUGUUGCUUCCCGCAUCAAGGCUAAAGGUAAUAGAUUUCCAGCCAAUGUCUUCAAAUGUGGUUUUGUUGCCAUUGUUUAUCAUGUAUGGGCCGAGAGAAACGCUAGAGUUUUUGGGAGAGUUCGUCGUGACGUUGAGCAUGUAUGGAUGGAUAUCGUGUUUGAUUGUGGUGCGCUAAUCGGUACGUGGAGACGGGUUCCCAAAGGUUUGUUAGAAAGAUAA